GUCAUUGCCGUCGCCGUCGUCGUCACGGUUGUCGCCGCAGUCGUCACCGCCGCGUAGUGGGUCUCGUGCCGCGCGCCGGAACUGAACGCCCACCGUCGUGGUGUCAGGUGGUCGCCAUUCGGGACUUGCCGCACGACGUUUUAUCCGAAGCUCGCAAAGUCACCAAAGCCUUUUUAGUCCGUUACCGAGAAAUCGUGACUCCCCCGCCGCCCUUCCCUUCUAUAACUAUAGCAGAGAAGAUUACAUAAAAAAAUUCUCACUCGCCGUCGACGCGGACACGGAACGACUGGCGCGGGGCGGCGUGUGACGUCGUUUACAUACCGGUAACCAGGUAUAGUACGGCGCACGGUCACCGAACGGGAACACAGCGACGGCGGGGGUCGGGUCCGUCGGUGACGCGACGGCGGGCGGCCGCGCGGCGAUCGUGCAGCCCGGCGUGAAAGACGAUCGGCUUCGAGGACUUGGAGUGGCCGGACGCGUUCGACGACCGGUACUACGAUGACGACGACGUGGACGCGCGCUCGGCGCGGCCGCACACGCUGCGGGCGGCCGCUGUCAUGGUGAACAGCAGUGCCGGCCGUACCGCUAUCGCUGGCACCGGGCACUACCAUCAUCACCAUCACCACCAUCACCUGCAGCCGCAGUCGACAGCCGCCAACCUGCUGCACCAUCACCACUACCUGCACCACUACCACCACAACAGCGUCUUCUACCGCGGCCGCGCGCACCCGCAGCGCCGGCACAACAUUCACCACCACAUCGCGGACAAGACGUCCUACUAUCACCACAACCAUCACCACCACCGGGGCCAGUCGCCGUCGUCGCCGCCGCCGCCGUCGCCGUCCUCGUCCGCCCGGCCGCUCUACCGGCGGGUGUACAACUUCAUCCGGCAGGCGUGGACCGGCGUCAAGUUCUCUUUAGAUUCCGAAUUUGAUGAUUUGGAAACACCGCCCAGAUACAGACCCGAAAGCGUACAAUAUUUUUGUCGAACCACGGGUUUCACGGAAUCGGAAAUCAAAAAAAUUUACCGCAAUUUCAAGACAGAAUGCCCGACCGGACUUAUCAAAGAAGACGCGUUCCGUGGCAUUUACUCACAAUUUUUUCCUCAAGGAGCCAACGUAAGUCAAUACGCUCAUUAUGUCUUCCAAUCAUUGGAUCACGAAAGAAACGGCAUUCUAAACUUUGAGGACAUGGUGCAGGGCCUGUGGACGCUGUCCCGGGGAUCGGUGGACGACAAGCUCCGGUGGGCAUUCACUCUAUACGACCUGGACGGUGACGGGCAAAUUUGUCGGGACGAGAUGACGCGCGUCGUGACAGCUAUCUACGAACUGAUGGGCAAAUUCGCCGAACCGUGGCUCAAGGAUGGCACGACGGUGGCCGCGCACGUAGAUUUCGUGUUCCAGAAAAUGGACCUUAACCGAGACGGGGUGGUGUCAUUCGACGAGUUUAUGGAAACUUGUAAAAAUGACGAGAACAUAACCCGUGCAAUGAUCUCAAUGUAGACAAGAGACAUCGUAAAUAUAGGUGAUCCGUAUGAUACCGUGGAUGUCGUUUGAAAAUAAAAUUAUACCCGAAAAACCGAUGGGCAACUACGGUUGGGCAAUGUAAAAUCGACAGACAUCCGAACGAUAAAUAGUAGUAAUUAUAAUAUGGAGUAUAAUUUUUGUUUUUUUGCUAAACAAUUUUUUUUUGACAUGUUGUACGUCUAAAUGUACGAUUAAAUUCAUUUUUUUAAA